UUGGGAAGGAGAAGUAAACGACUCUCACACACAAUACACUCCAAGAUAAUGGAAGAAGUGAAGGUACAUGGAGCAUGGCCUAGCCUUUAUAGUUUCAGGGUGCAGUGGGCUCUGAGGCUCAAGAAUGUCGACUAUGGUUACAUAGAAGAGGAUUUACUUAACAAAAGUGAAUUGCUUUUGAAGUACAAUCCAGUUCACAAGAAAAUUCCUGUGCUUGUUCAUGGCAGCAGACCAAUUGCUGAAUCAACUGUUAUUCUGGAGUACAUCGAAGAGACAUGGCCACAAAAUCCUCUGCUUCCAAAAGAUGCUUAUGGAAGAGCCAUGGCUCGCUUCUGGAUUAACUUCAGUGAGCAACAGAGCAUUGGUUUAUCGAUGAUUUUUUCGACAGUUGGAGAGGAACAGGAGAAGGCAGCAAGAGAAGCCAAAGAAGUAGUAAAGAUAAUAGAGGAACAAGCCCUUGGAGACAAGAAAUUUUUUGGUGGGGAUGAGAUUGGGAUGGUGGAUUUAGUGUUUGGAUGGAUUGCUUGGCUUCCAGUUAUUGAAGAAGCAUGUGGUGUUAAAGUGUUGGAUGCUGAUAGCUUCCCUCGCUUGUUUGAUUGGAUCAAGAAUUUCAAGAAUCACCCUGUGAUCAAAGACUCCUUCCCUCAUCAUGACCAAAUGUUAGCAUUCUAUAAACCCAAACGAGAGAUGAUCAUUCAAAGCUUGAAGCACUGAAUUUUUGUUAGUUUUUGAGUAUUGUACUUUAUUACAAGUAGUAUCAUAAAUAUCCUACUAAUCUUCAAAUAGAUUUGAUGUACUUUAAUAAAGUGUUCGUUUCAUGUCUUAUUCAU